AUGGGCCGACCAGCAGAGGAAGAGCAGUGCUUUGGUUGCCAAUGCAUGGCCACUUUUCCCGGGCCUUGGUUGGCCAACGGCACCUUUUCCAAGGAGUACACCUGCGAGGAUGCAAAGUUGCAGAACCUCAUUCCGGAGUUCCAUUGGGGAGGGCCAAAGGACGGCCAGAAGUGCCGCUCCUGCCAGGCUUUCGCGUUGACAAUCGAGGAUCUGGACUAUCCAAAUGGCAUGGGCUCACCCGACAACGUUGUGCAUAAUAUUUUCUGGGUUGCAAACAUUCCGGGUGACUGGAUGGCGAUUAAUGAAACCGCGGUGGUUGAGUUGAGUGAGUUUGCUCCAACCAUGGUUGUGGGCCGGAACAGUAGAGGUGACCGGGGAAUGGAGCCACCUUGUCCGGAGAAGGGAAUGCAUCGGUAUCAUGUGGUGAUGUGGUCUCUUGAUUCGCAGCUCGAUGACAUUGACUCCGACAUUAGCUAUGGAGCUUUGAAGUCCCUCUUGGAGGAGGAUGAGGCACAGCGACAGGAUGCUCCGAAGAAGGAGCACAGGAGACGUGACAAGGGCAAGGAGGUCACAGAUGACAAAGAACGAAAAGGGAGCAAGGAAAGCAAAGUAAAGUCGCCUGAUGAGAUUUUUGGGCCCAGUGAUGCGGAGGGAGAGGAAGAUCAGGAAGGGCAAGAAGGGGGUGAGGAGGAGCCCAAUGAGCAAGAUGCAGAGGUAAAGGAACCUGGGCCUCCAGGAGCACCUACAGGUUUCACCAUGAAGUGGGAUUUUGAAGCAGAAGAAUCACAAAGUCCCCAGGGAGAGGAAACCAAGUUCGAAGACUUGACACUUUAUCACGUUGGGACACAAAACAACGAGGUGGCAAUAAUUGUCAUCCCAGACUUGUGGGGGUGGCAGGCACCAAGAGUGAGACUGCUUGCUGACUACAUAGCAAAAGCUAUUAAUGGGUUUGCUGUAGUACCUCGAUUUCUGGACAACCCACCUUACAAGGAAGGGCCUCACGAUGAUGGUGUGCCUGAAGACUUCUGCAUCAAGAACCUGGAUAAGGACCUGAUGAGCCUGCGUAGUUGGCUGAUGAAGGAUACCUACGAAUUCUUUCUCAUGAAAUUCAAGAUUGCGGCCAACUUUGUACGUCGCACUGCUGGUGCAAUCAGGAUUGGUGUUGUUGGCAUUGGCUGGGGUGCAUGGAUGGCUUGCUACGGUGCUGAGUCGUUGCAGGCGGAGUUUUCCUGUGCUGUGUUACACACCCCGCUUCUGCACAUCCUGGGCGCCUGGGACGGCGUGAGCAUCCCACGAUUGAUUGGGAAGUUUGGUGGGCCUGUCCUUUUUACGCUGCCCGCAGAAGCGCCAAAAGAGUAUGAACGAGGAGGAGAGUAUUUUGAGGUGAACGAGGCAUUAUUUCGCAGGCAGACUGAAUGUGACGAUUUCAGAUCCAUGCCUUAUGGCUUCGUGUGUACUGGAGACAUGUCCGACUCCAGAGAACAACAGGAGAUUGUCCGUGCAUUCGAGCGCACUGCGCAGUUUCUUCGAAAAUUUCUUUGGCCUUUCCCGCUAGGCGGGGGCUACGCAUACUUGAGGUAUCUUGCGGGCAAGGGCGAUGUUGAAGCCAUGAAAAAGCUAUUGGACAUGGGUGUGCCAGCUGGUGGUCGCGAUAGCCAAGAUGAGAUUGAGCAGGCGCCAGUCAUUUACGCUGCUAGGGAAGGCUUUGCACAAGCUUGCAAGGUCCUGGCACAGUACCAGGCGGAUGUAAACGAAGUGGGUGGAGUUGCCCGUGAAACUGCACUGCAUGUGGCAGUUCAGCACAAUAAAGUCAGGGUGGUGCAGACGCUGUUGAACUUGCAAGCAAAUCCGCAGCUUCAAGACUCUUCCGGCCAAGCUCCUUUGCACAAAGCAGCUCGUGAUGGAACUGUGAGUUGUUUGCAAACUUUGAUAGCUGCGGCUGCCAUGAUAGAUCCAAGGAGGAUAUUGUUUCCAAGCUAUUCACAGCCCGGGCAGAUGUUGUUGCAGAGAACAUCCGUGGACAGACUCCCCGGAAGGUCGCAGACAGGCACAGCUUCUCCACGCUUGUACAACUGA